CACACUGUCGAUUCUUUGUUGUUUAAGAAAGAACAUCUAAAGAAGUCUUGAUUUAUUAGUUGAAUAAAUAUAAAAUAAGAAAAAGAAACUUCAUAAGAGCACCUCACCUCAAGUUCUAAGAAAUCACAAACCCUUAGCGCUACCACCAAGGUUUUCCAAGACAGAUCAAGUCUGGCGUAGAUUUGAGCAAAACAUGCUCAACUACCAAUGUUUAGAAACAAAAUCUCUUUGUGGAACAUCUCAUAUUGAAUUGGAUGGGAUUCACAUUUAUAUUGACCCGGGAAGUGAUGAUAGUUUGGAGCACCCACCUGUAUCUGAACAACCGGAUUUAAUUUUAUUGUCUCAUUCAGAUUUAUCUCAUUUAGGAGGACUAGUAUAUGCAUAUCAUAAAUAUGACUGGAAAAAUGCUCAUAUGUAUGCAACCUUGCCUGUUAUUAACAUGGGUCGUAUGACCAUGUUGGAUGCUAUUAAGAGUAACUUUAUAAACGAUAUAACAAAAGAACAAGUCAAUCAAGUUUUUGAUAGUAUUAUUGCUCUGCGUUAUUCUCAGCCAACUUCUUUGUUAGGAAAAUGCAAUGGCCUAACGAUCACUGCUUAUAACGCAGGCCAUUCUUUGGGUGGUACCUUAUGGAGCCUCAUAAAAGAGUCAGAGAGUAUUCUCUAUGCUGUUGAUUGGAACCACUCAAAGGACAAGCACCUGAACGGAGCUGCUUUGUACACAAAUGGUCAUAUCUUAGAAGCUUUAAAUCGCCCCAACACGCUGAUCACAGAUGCAAAUAAUGCUUUAGUUUCCAUCCCUUCACGAAAAAAGCGAGAUGAAGCAUUAAUUGAGUCUAUAAUGUCUUCCCUUUAUAAAGGCGGUACAGUUCUACUUCCUGUAGAUGCUGCUUCUCGAGUUUUGGAAUUAGGUUGCUUUUUAGAUAGUCACUGGUCUUCAACACAACCUCCGUUACCUUUUCCCAUCUUCUUUUUGUCGCCUACUUCUACUAAAACUAUCGAUUACGCAAGGAGUAUGAUUGAGUGGAUGGGAGAUAACAUCGUUCGAGACUUUGGUAUCGAUGAGAGCCUCUUGGAAUUUCGAAACAUACAUACAAUUACUGAUUAUUCUCAGCUUUCCAGCAUUGGACCUGGACCUAAAGUGAUCCUUGCUACUUCCUCAACAUUGGAAUGUGGCUUUUCUCAGCAAAUAUUGCUUAAUUUUAUGUCUCAAAACGCAAAUGAUUUAAUAUUAUUUACACAAAAAUCCAGGUGUCAGCCUUCUUUAGCCAAACAAUUUAUACGAUAUUGGGAACAGGCAUGCAAGAAAUCAAUGGAAAUUCCUUCCCCAGUCGGUUUAUAUGCCGAACAUAAUAUUAAAGUUAAACGUACAGAGCCUUUAAUGGGUGAGGAAUUGCAAGAAUAUCAAGAAAAACAGCUUCAAAAAAUUAGUCGGACCGCUGAAGAUAGCGCUUUGGAACUCCGCAAUAAAACAAUUUUAGAUGAAGAUUUGUCGUCCUCUUCUGAUGAAGAAGACGAUGAAAUGGGAUUGGCUCCUGAAGUUCCGGGAGCUGCCCUUGGAUCAGCUUUAUUUUUAUCUGGGAAGUCUUUUGAUUUAAACCUUCGUGAUCCGUCUGUACAGAGUUUGCAGAUCAAGUAUAAAAUGUUUCCUUAUGUUGAAAAAAGAAGAAGAAUAGAUGAAUUUGGUGAAGUGGUUAAGCCAGAAGAUUUUGCGACCAUAAAUGAACCAAUGAAUAAUUUCGAAGUAGAAGCCUCACCUUCUGAUAGUACUACUUUGGAUCCUACAGGAAAAAGAAAAUGGUCAGAAAUUAACGAUGGAAUACAUAACCAAAAUGAGGAUGAACAACAAGAAGAUUUUCCCUCGAAGAUUGUGACAGAAGAAUUAAUGAUAAGGAUAUCAUGCCAAGUACAGUUUAUUGAUAUUGAGGGAUUGCACGACGGUCGUUCAUUAAAAACUAUUAUACCCCAAGUGAAUCCUCGAAAAUUAGUCCUUAUCCAUGCUACGGACGAAGAAAGAGAGGACAUGAAACGUACAUGUAGUGCUCUUAGUGCAUUUACUAAGGACGUGUACCUCCCGAAGUACGGCGAGGACAUUAAUGUUAGUAUAGAUGUUAAUGCCUUUAGUCUCAAGCUUUCAGAUGAUUUGAUAAGGAAUUUAAUCUGGACAAAAGUAGGAAACUGUGAGGUUUCCCACAUGCUGGCAAAAAUUGAAAACCCUGAUGAAUCAGAAACUCAAGAUUUAGAACAAAAUGAAGAGGAUGUGAAACAGCAGAAUACGGAAAAAGAAGUAGAUCAUCUUCCGGUUCUUAAUCCUGUUACGCUGCGGUCGGAUUUGGCUAGGGCACCGCGUGCCGCUCCUCUUUUGGUGGGAAAUACCAGGUUGGCUGAACUUCGGAAAGCCCUUAUAGAUCAAGGAGUAUCUGCAGAACUAAAAGGUGAAGGUGUUUUACUAUGUGGUGGAGUUGUUGCUGUACGAAAACUUAGCGGAGGUAAAAUAUCCAUCGAAGGAGGUUUGAGCAAUCAAUUUUUUGAAGUUCGAAAGAUGAUAUACAAUAUGCUGGCUAUCGUUUAAUUCUAAACAGUGCAUUAUAUAAAAGCAUUACUAGAUAAUCAUUUUUCUAUAGGAUUUUCCACAUUUUCUAUGAUUUUUUAUGUGAUUUUAUUAAGAUAUUACUACAAUAAAUACUAAAUACCAAGGAUUAAUUACCGGCUUCUCCUCUUUCAUGUUUCCAACCCUCGCUACCAGUUUGGCGAGCAGGUAAAGCAGAAGAAGGAACAUCUCCUUUCGUUCUGUAACUCAAUAAUUCUUCCUCUUCUCUCUUGUCUUCGUCUAAAAGUUUGGAUCGAUCCUUUUCACUUAAAGAAGAACGAAAUUCCUCGUUUAAUAAUUUUAUAGCAUGCCCAAUUACAGAUUCUGGACAACGGUUUCUAGGGUUGCCAUUCUCUGGAUUGCGAAUAUAUCUAUUAGAGACAUCACGAACACUAUCAACUAAAAAUUGGUAAGCAUACUUUCACAUUAGCGGUGUGUUUGGCUUACUUGAAAACCCAAUGCAAUAUGACAUUUUUUUCCCCCAUCCUAGAUUUUAAGUUAGCGGUAAUAAGAAAAAAGAAAAAAGAAAAAAAAAUAAAAUAGAUUGUUA